AUGUCAUAUUUUUGUACCGAUCCAAAACAAAACCCUCAACGUUAUUCAAAAUUUCCAAAAAACUUUUUUGUAACACCUGGUCGUAAAUAUUACCCAAAUCCAGGAACAAUUAAUAAUAUACAUAAAAAAGUUUUCGACAUUAUUCCACAUUACCUUGAUGGUGUUGAAUUAUGGAUGAAAAAAGGAUUGGCACCAAAUAAAACUCUAAUUACAAAUUGGACACUCAGUCAUACAACUCCAUCGGAAUUUCAUAUUGGCGGAAUAUAUAAUUGGCGAUGCCGAGGUAAUAUAUUGGAAACACCAACAAUUGAAUGUAAUAUUAACCCAAGUACUUUGACAUCAAAUUUUAAAUUGACUUAUUAUCCAAUAUCAUCAUUUAAAAUUGAAAGUCAAUUUUCACAUAUCGGUAAUGAAAAUUUUAAAACUUUAGGAAUACAAAAUGUCACAUCUCUAGAAUAUACUAAACCAUAUUCUACUACAAAUUUUUGCUUAUAUGAUCCAAAAAAGGAGGCUGGACAAUUAACUGUAUCAUAUUUGAGAAGUGUUACAAAAAAAUUGGCAUUAGGCUCUGAAUUUUUUUUUGAAUGGUUGAAUAAAGGCAUAACAACAAAAAUAGCUUUAGCUGCAAAAUAUAAUGAAAAUAAACGAGCAAUAGCUGGAACGAUAACUAUAGACGCUUUAGAUCUAAGUUAUUGGCAUCAAAUUCAUAAAUCAAUACAAAUGGGUACUUUAUUUGCUUUCAAUAGAUGUAGUAAAAAAGCUUAUGGAGCAUUAUGUUAUCAAUAUGAUUUUAAUAGUGGAACAACAAUUCGUGGUAUGAUAGAUUCAGAUUGCUCAGUAGGUUUCAUGUAUGAGAGAUCUUCAAUGACGAUGCCAUGUCUUAUGGGAUUUAAUUUAUUAUUUUGUAUACCAACUGGUCGUUUUACAAUUGGAUUAAAAUUGAAUUUUGAUCCUACUAUACGUUGUAAUACAAAAUAA